UUACAGGGGAGAUUUCCGAAGGUCAACGAUUGUAAAAUUUAAUAAUGGCCGAGGAGGAAGUUGAGAUACUGCAGAGCAUAUAUGGUGAUGAACUCGUAGUCGAGAGAAGUUCAAAGAACUCUCCAACGAUAGUAUUAAGCAUGAAAAUACGAUCAGCACUAUCGCAAUCACUGUGUGCAGCGAGUAUUCAUGUUGUUAUCGAAUUGCCUGAGCAGUACCCGAGAAUAUCUCCAAAAAUUUAUUUACGACAGCAGCGAGGACUUGAUGAAAACAAUGCAAAUAUUCUUCAGAAAAGAAUCUACGAGUAUACUGAAGCCAAUAUGGAUAUGCCUAUCCUUUAUGAUAUCUUUCAAAUGAUCCAAAAAUUUGUGGAAACUGAGCAAAAUUUUCCAUGCGCUGUUUGUCCAGUGUGCUUGGACGGAUUUAGCGCUGAAACUAGCGUUUUUUGCACAUCAAACUGUGACCAUUAUAUUCAUCAGAAUUGUUUUGUACGUUACGUAAACUAUACAGAAGAUGAAAUCAAGCGAGAACUUAGUGAAUGGCCAGAAGAUAUGAAGUCAAAAGUGGAUCAGGUUUUAAAAUGUCCUGUAUGUCGAACACCACUGAGUGAACAGGAUUUAUCAGUAGUUGAUCGGGAAUCGAUCACUUUGGAUGAAAUUAUUGGAGAUGAAGAAAAGUUUGAAUUUAACUGGAAAGAAUGGCGAACAAAGCUAGAAGAAUUACAGCCAAUUUUCGAACGACAGAAGGCUAAAGGUGGUUUAAUCGAUCCGGAGGUGGAACGGAAGCGUUAUCUAAUCACUGAUGAUAUUGUGUUUGAAAGACGGCCCGUUGCAAAAUCAUCUCAGCAGAAAGAAAAUAUCGAAGCCGUUGAAUGCGUCGAAAAUUUAUCAGCUGGACCUUCUUAUCAAUUUUUGUAUCAUCAAAAAUGUAAAUCAGGACGUCCUUAUUCGUUAUUUCGACUUCGAAAUCGGAAUAUGGGACACAGAAAUGGUCCUUCUAAAGAGAAAUUUAGGAAGGAUCGAGGUGGAAAUGGUUACAUUCCAACAUAGGAGGAGGUGAUCAUUCGAAUGUGUUGGUUGGAUGAACAGAAAUCAGAUAUUAAGCAGUGAUAUAAUUAAUUUUCAUGUCUAACUGGGAAAUUAAAAACGGGACUGUCUGAAAUAUUUGUUGCUUUGGAAGAGAAA